UAAAAUGAAUUAGUAAAUGGCAUUAAUGCACAUAUUCAUUUAUUACAAAUAAUUGUCUUAGUUCGAUUUUUUCAAAUUCCAAAUGCGCAAAUGUUAAUUUAAUGUUUCAGUGCGGUUAAAUAGAUAGGAGUGUGUGUAUCUUACAAACGUUUUAACAAAGUGAUUAUGAUGAAGGCAGUGUCCGCAAACACGUAUUAGACGGGAUAUAACAGACUAAAGAUAAAGGUCGAAAAGUACACGCUGAGAACAUGAUAACAAUUAAUUAUACUGCGUUGUUCAUCUACGUGCUUACUUUGCUGAUUCAAAGAACAAGCAGUAUAGUGUCAUGUUCGAAUGGAUAUCAAGCGGGAACCGGGGGUAGAUGUUAUCGAGCGUUCACAUCCUGUAAGACGUGGGAGAUUGCAAGACAAACAUGCAAACUAAACAAAGGAAGAUUAUUUAAAAUCGCAAACAUUGAUGAUUAUAUCCUAGCACGGAACAUAUCAGAGAAAAUUUCCUCAGACAAAGUAGGAGGGACAUGCGCAACAGGGAUUUGGUUAGGCGCUAAACUUUUCAACGGUGUUUUCACAUGGGAGGAUGGCCACUUGGCUCAGGGAGGAAUGUAUGACCAAUUUUACGGGGAUGGUGAGCCUAACGGAGCAUCUACAGGAGAAGACUGUAUUGAGAUGAAAAGAUAUCCUUCUCAAGAAUAUAAGAUGAACGACAAAGACUGUGACGAAAUACAGGAGUUUAUUUGCCAAAAUCAACAGCUGGGAGAGGUUUGUGUCGACCACUCAGAAUGUAAUGCUAAUAAUUCGGUCUGUUCUGGGGGAGUUUGCGACUGCCAAGUUGGUUUUGAUAAAACUACAAACAUAGAUACAUGUACUGCAAAAGCCGGCGCCGGGACUAAAUGUACAACAAGCGACGAUUGUGUCACGCAUGGAGCUUUAUGUAUAAACAACUACUGCUCUUGCAAAACCGGAUUUUACGACCACGAAUCACAAAUAUGUGACAAAAUGCCAUUAUUGCCGUCCGGUCUCGACUCGAACGACACCAUUCUUGACCAUAAACAACUGUGUAGCAGUGAAAUAAGCUUUGGACCAGGUUUACCUGUUGGAGAUAAGUUUUAUCACACUUUGUUUAUUUGCAAAAACGGAUACGCAAGCAUUGGCAUCAAAUAUACGAAUCCAAAUCCACCUAGAAUGACAGACAAAUUCGAUAAAACAGUAAUUUUAGCACCAUUCUAUGUUGACACCGCGAAUGGAACUGUUUCAUAUAGAGUUGUUGAUGUAUUGCAAAACAGUGACCUACGUCAUAAUGCAGAUAUAAAUACAUUGCGGAGAAUUGUCUCCCUUGCUAGUGCCGACACGGCGUUUGAUAUAAAGUUUGCAGUUAUUGCAAGUUGGUCGAACAUGAUUCCAUAUCAGAAGAUAUACGAAGACGAACAGACAAGCACUUUUCAGAUGGCUGCUGUAACCGACGGCCGAGUGACAUAUUCCAUCUUCAUUUACGGGCAUAAGCAUAUGCUAUGGAACGUUAAGCGCGAAAACAAACCCAAUGUGUUCACUGGAAUUAUAAGCAACAAUCACUUUAGUUAUAUAAAUAUGUAUUCAUUUGAAAAGCCAAUUCUACGAAUGGAUCGUUACGCGAAUACUAAAGGCAUUUAUGGCUUAAUCGUUAAAAAGAUAACGGCAAAUAGACAGAUCCAAAGCUUUGCCAUGGAUUGUGUGGAUUGGUAUAUAAACAACAAACAUAAGAAAGAAGAAUAUAACAAAAUAAUGAGCAUGCUCCCUGAGUGUCCCUGUAGCAUAGAGAAAGCAGAACAAGAUCCGUUAGCCAGAGGCAAAAGGACAACUAAUGACAAAACCAUUUGCAUAGAACUUCUUCCAACCUUCAGGGCAGGAUUAUAUGGCAAGGUAUGCUGCUAUGAAAGAAGUUCAGGACAAUGGACAGACGAAAUUCCGUUUGCGGGGGGAUUGUACACUUUUCAUCCAGAUCUUUUCCCUCAACAACACAAACUACAUGACCUGUUUCCUAAGAACGUUUGCUGUUUAAAGUCAAGUUACUGUCAGCUAUACUACGAAUUACGUCCCAUUGGAGAAUGUUAUAGAAAUACUUGGUUUGACUUUGCGGUAUCUUGGGGUGAUCCCCACAUUCUUACACUGGAUGGAAAGAAGUUUAUCUUCAAUGGACUCGGAGAAUACACGCUUUUAAAACACAACUUUGAAGGAAACACCUUUAAUUUACAAGCAAGAACAGAGCGGGCUGUUACAUUGAAUAACACUUUAACGGAUGCCACAAUAUACACAGCAUUUGCUGCCAAGGACAGUUCUGGAUCUUCUGUACACGUGGAGCUCAACACUAAACGGAACGGCCUCAUCUUGUAUGUCAACGAUAUCGAUCGAACUGUGGACCAUGCAAACAAUUCCUUAACGUUGCAAACGGAAAACAAUACGCUUAUUGUUGUUAAACAUGUUGACAACAAGAACAAAACGAAACUUGAAAUUGAAUUCCUUAAAUCAGGAGUGGCUCUGAGUAUAUUUACUGGCAAUGGGAUGCUGGCACUAAAAACAACCGUCAACGCAUCGUUAAAAGGGAAAGUGCGAGGAUUGUUGGGAAAUUUUGAUGGAGAACCCGACAACGACUUUAUAACUCCUGGCGAGCAGAUUUUUAACAGCAAUAUCAGCGAAUCUGAAAUAUUUCAAUAUGGCCAAAUGUGGGAGAUAGAUGGUUUGAACUCCGCAUUCCGGUAUAGUGACAAGAAGAACCACAGUAAUUACCACAACAGCUCCUUUAUCCCUCGCUUCCUAGACUCAGUUCCAGUGGAAAUUAUAAAGGCAGCAAGCGAGACAUGUGGCGGGGAUCAGGACCUCGCCUGUAUAUUUGAUCAAGUGUUUACAGAAAAUGAAGACAUUUCAAGGCAAACGCAUGAGACAACAAAUGAUGCAAAAGAAGCGAAGACUGAAAUAUAUAGGAGCGUUCCAAAACUUAUGACAUGUCGUCGACUGGACGUUUGGAUUGGAGAGGAAGCGGAGUGUCGGUUGCAAUUUGGCAGUGAUGUUACAGAGAUUGAAGUGUUAGGAACAUUGAAAUACUCGGUAUUUGUAAAUCAAACAACAGGAAUUUUACGAUAUAAGCAUAUACCCGGGCUGCCUGAUGAAAGUCUACGUCUUAUUGUAAAGGCCGAAGACGGUGGUAUAUCUCCCGUUGCAAACAUCCCUAUAACAGUGUGUACCGGUUGUAGUGGACAUGGCCUUUGUAUUAACAAAACGGAGAUGCGGGGCAGUCAGACGAUGUUCUUUCAAUAUAACAAGUGCCUUUGUUAUGCACAAUAUACAGGACUUGACUGUGAGUUAGAUAUUGACGGGUGUGUUGGACAGCCAUGUUCCAUUGGACGUAUCUGCUUCGAUGUACCUGCAGAAUUUCACCUGGAAGACGAGCCGGGAUUUACUUGUUCCAGAUGUCCGGAUGGUUAUAUCGAUGAUGGUGCGAGGUGUCAAGAUAUCGAUGAGUGUGCGGACACAAACUCAUGUGAACAAAUUUGUAUUAAUACGGAAGGAUCCUUUAUUUGUUUAUGCAAAAAUGGAUACAGAGCUGAAUCGUCUGACUUGAGAAAAUGUGUCGACAUCAAUGAAUGCGACGAAGCUACCCACAACUGCUUUCACAUUUGCGAAAACACAAACGGAGAGUUUCAAUGCAAAUGCCAUCCGGGUUAUAAACUUGACGAUACAAGGAAUGAAUGUGAAAGGAUAGGCAACGAUGAUUGUAGUACUGAUUGCUCAUAUACAUCAGGAUGUACAAGAAAUAAGAACAAUGAAUCGAUAUGUUUUUGUGAAAAUGGUUUUGAGCUAGACACAGAGUCGAAGAGAUGUACAGAUAUUGAUGAAUGCAAAAGGAAUGUUUGUCCCCAAGAUUGUACAAACUCUAUCGGGUCGUAUUCAUGCAGAUGUUUUGACGGAUACAGAUUACAGGGACUGAAAGAAUGUGAAGAAUGUGCUUCUCCAUUUUUUGGAACAAAUUGUGAAGACACAUGCAACUGUUCAUCUCUCGGCACGAAAGAAUGUCAUCAAGUGAAGGGUUGCGUCUGUGAAAACGGCUGGCAAGGAGAUAGAUGUGAUAUUGAUUUCAAUGAAUGCGACAAUCACAUUUCUCCGUGUUCUGAUGCCUACCACACAUGCGUCAAUAUACCAGGAUCGUUUCUUUGCGAAUGUUUAAUGGGAUUCAAGGAUAGUGGGAGUAGUCAUUGUGAAGACGUAGAUGAGUGCACAAAUCCUUUAUUUAAUGGAUGCGGACAAUAUAUGCUAUGCAGCAAUACUGAGGGUGGUUAUACAUGUGAUUGUACGAAAGGAUUUGUUCAAUCGGACGAAGACUGUAUAGACAUUGAUGAAUGUAAACUCGGAAUAAGCGGAUGCCAACAGAUGUGUGAAAACUUUCCUGGGCGUUUCAACUGCUAUUGUUAUUAUGGAUAUACCUUAGCCGAGGACCGAAAAUCAUGCCUGGAAGUCAAGAACCCAUGUUUACAAUUAAGUAAUCUAAACUGCUCUCAUUAUUGUGUCGUUGAGGAAGAUGUGGCUGAAUGCAAAUGCAACUUUGGCUUUUACAUCGAUGAAGAUUCACAAACAUGUAAAGAUAUAAACGAAUGCGAUAACGGGACAUUAAACGAAUGUCAGCCAAAAGAAAAUUGUAUUAACGUUCGGGGAUCGUAUAAUUGUGAGUGUAAUCCAGGAUACAAACUCUCCAAUGAUGGUCGGCAGUGUUACGAAUGUGAUCAAUACCACUUUGGAAAUAAUUGUGAGCAAACCUGUAGCUGUUUACAUGGAACAUGCGACAACACACAAGGUUGUGACUGCAUUGACGGUUGGGCUGGUGAUAAGUGUGACAUUGACCUUGACGAAUGUGACUAUGAAGACUUGUGUCCAGCAACCUUUGAGUGUGUUAAUACGCUGGGCAGCUUCCUUUGUCACUGCCACACUGGGUAUGUCAAGGCAGAGGACAUAUGCGAAGAUAUCAAUGAAUGUUCGGAUGCUUCACUUCAUAAGUGCGACCAAGUAUGUAGCAAUACAGGCGGUGGUUACGAAUGCCGUUGUUACAAUGGAUUUAUGUUAAAUAUAACAACUGGAACGUGUUCAGAUGUCGAUGAAUGCAAAUCAGGAGUUCACCAAUGUGAACAAAACUGCCUAAAUACGCAGGGAGGAUACAUAUGCACGUGUAAAGAAGGGCUUGUGCUUGAUCUAACAGACCGCCAUUCUUGUCUUGCCGAGAUAGAAUGUGAGUCCGCUGAAGCUGAAAACUGUCCUGAAAAUUCAAUCUGUACACAAAAUGCAGACAUUACUAAAUGUGUUUGUAACAGAGGAUUUGUACAAAUAGCAACUGGUGCCUGCAUAAAUGUGAACGAAUGCGAUUACGAAAAUGGUUACUGUGCUCACACGUGCCAAGACAACCUAGGAGGAUAUGAUUGUCUGUGUGACAAUGGAUUUCACAUUGCAAACGAUGGGAGAUCAUGUGAAGCGUGUAAAAAAGGCACUUUUGGAGUAAACUGCAGUUCAACUUGCAUCUGUGAGGCCGAGAAUACCUACACGUGUGAUAACGUUGUUGGAACUUGUACAUGCAAACAAGGAUGGACCGGUGACGAUUGUUCCAAAGACGUUGACGAAUGUCAUCUAAGUACGCACACAUGUUCAGAAAAUUCGUCAUGUAGAAAUAAAUACGGAGGCUUUUUAUGCGAUUGCCACGUCGGCUACCAGAAAACAGGUGGCGCACUAUGCGCAAAAUGUGGUCGAAAUUAUUUCGGUGAGGCAUGUCGUCGACGUUGUGAAUGCUUCGAAGACGAGACGCAUUUUUCGUGUAAUCAUAUUGAUGGACGAUGUCGUUGCAAAACGGGUUUUCAUCGAAGAAACGAGUCGGACACAUGCAAAGGGUGCAUCAAUAAUUCAUACGGCCUCGACUGUGCAUAUAUAUGUGAAUGCAACACAACAAACAGUGCUGAUAGCAAUCAGUCAUGUGAUGAAAAGGAUGGGACGUGCUUUUGUAACAAGUUCUGGGAUGGAAUUUCAUGCAACGUUGAUGUCAACGAAUGUAAAGUUCAAACAAUAUGUGGAGACGAUCCACUGAAAGGUUGCCACAAUACAGAGGGUAACUUCUCAUGCGACUGCAAACGAGGCUAUAAGUUAGAUUUAUUCAACAAUUGCGUCAAAGAUACUAGUUUUGAUGAAGAUUGUCAUAAAAAUAUCACAGAUUGCACGGUUGCUGUCACAUUAACAACAAUGCUCAAUAUUACUUUUGACGAGACUGUUAAUCUGGAUAUCGGUGCUACAUACAGACAAUUUGAAAGAAAACUAACAUCUUCGCUUCUUUCAUACAUGAAGAGAUAUACCAACUUCCUUGUCGAAAUAAAGAUUUGUGAUAUCAGGAAAAGAGGAAGUCUUCAUGUGAAUUACACCAUUUGCAUGAACGCAACAUUUGAAGAACAAGAUAAAUUACAAGGUGAAGCUGCAAAUGCAUUAUUCAAAAUGGCACGGGGAGAUACUUUAGAAUUUGAUGGCGACAUGGUGCGUGUAUCUACAGAGUCAUUGGUCUAUACAGACGACAAAUGCCAGUUUUACCAAGAUCUGUUCGGCCAUUGUGGCAUGGGCUACAAAUGUUGCGUUAAGGAGGAUCGCGUUAAUUGCUGCGAGGAUAAUCGAAAUGAUCUGGCAAUAAUCAUGGGAUCUGUAUUUGGAGGAACUGCAUUCUUGGUCUUUGUCGUUAUCUUCUGUGUAACCAUAGUUACACUAAGACGUAAAACAAACAGCUUCACAAUCUCAUCCAAACAAACGUCUAAUAGAAAAAAUGGCCUAAACCCCACUCGUUUCAGUGAGGAGUUAACAACUUACAACGAUGCCGGUGGUUAUAUAUCAGCACGCAUAAGUGUGGACUAGUUGUAUUUAUUUGCAGAUAGUAUAGAUAUACUGAUAUAUAUGUACAAGCAACAAGCAACAUUAUAUACAUCAAAUGACAUUGUCCAACGUGAAUCUUCGUGAAUCAUGUAAACGUGUUUGAACCAUUACAGUCUCGAAGAUUGCAUUCGAAUGACUGGAACACAAAGUAUGUACCCUGGAUAACACAAAUGAAAGGUUGAAAGCCUCAAUUCAGCGGGUUUUACCCGUAGCUAUAAAUUUGGUAUACAAUACAGUCAUGUAGUGGAUUAAAUUGUUAAUUGCGCGUGAACUGUUCUAAUGAGGCAAAAACACUUUAACCGAGAUACUUGUGCAAGGAAUCUGUUUUUACUUUCCAUUUGACAUAACUUUUUCAUCAAGGCACGCUAUGAUAUUACAUAACAUCGGUGUUGUAUAUAUUUUUAAACAAUAUACAAAAACUAUGUGAUUAUUGAAACUGUAGAACAAUGGUAGAAUGAAACCUGUUGCGGAAAAUAAUAUUAUUGUAAAGCUUCUUCGAUAACUUAGAUCCUACCACACCGUUAAAAGUUGUAAUACGGUAUUGUAUCAUGUAUUUUUCUUAUUUGCCUUUAUUAAAUUAUUACAUUAGUGUAUUCUAGAAUGAUAUCUGUUUCAUGUUUCCUCACGUGAUCGUUAUAAUUCCAUUUUUUUAGUUUUGCAAAGGUUUGUGUCAAACAUAUCUCUACAAGAGAUUCAUUUUGUCAGAUGCUAUUAGAUUUGAUGGUAGUACUGGCAUUAAACACUAUUGAAGUCGUUUGAGGCAUUGACGUCUUCACCAGCUUGAAUUGAAUUGUGUUGCCUAUGUCUGUAAGAAAUUAUUAAAACAAGAUAGAAUGUGGAUUUAUAUUACAUAUUAAACUAACACUUAUAUUGUUUUACCUAAAUAUUAACAUUACUUAAGAAAAGAAAUAUUGUUUGUGAACAAUAUCGACGGUUCCAAUUCUGGAAGAAGAAUACAUUUAUGUAUUUGUGUUGAUAUGUAGUGUAUAUUUGCCCAAUAAAAUAUGUUUAACCAG